AUGAAAAAAUUGAAAUAAUUGCCCCAAUAAUAAUAACCAAUGAGACGAUCAUCAUCACUUCUGACUGUCCAGCCUCAAAUAGAAUUAAUACACUUUGAGAAGAAUGCCUCUCUCUCUCAAAGCACUUUCUUUAAGACAUUUACUGAGAUGCCCUAGAUGGCUGCAUUCACCAAUUAAGUUUUACGAAUACCCUCUCCAAAGGAACGACUCCAAGCCCAAUUGUAACACAAUAAGAAACAGAGAGAAACCAUUAUCAAUCAAAGCAGAGAAAGAUAAGAAAAUGCUAUGACUGAGGCUUUAUCUCUAACUCAAAAGUCGAAAUUUAGAAAUUAUUAAAAACUGAAGCGGAGAGACCAAUCCCCAAAAAAGGCCAUGGAAUUGAAACCACAACACAAAGUGUUCUAGCUUCCAAAGUUGGAUGCUCCCAUAGAAGAAAUCAUAGACAGUCCAAACCAGCUUACUUUCUAUUUUGAAUCUCAACGCCUGACUAGGGAUAUCAGGACAUUCAAACCAUCAUUCACAGAACAAGCUGCAUUUAGUCUAUUCAAUGAUCAAUUGUAUUUAUACGGAGGAAUCGGAGGAGAUGGAAUCAGAAAUCAGAUGCUCAAAUAUGAUAUAAAGUUUCAGGUCUGGCAAGUGGUGUAAGGGAUUGGAGACCAUCCAAAACAAGGAAGAGCAGGCUUAUCAGUGGUGCAAUACAAGAAUAAAUUUAUCUAUUUUGGUGGAUGCGGUCAAUUUAAUCCUAAAUUAAAAAUCAGAGAAUGCACCAAUUCUAUCUAUGAAUACACUGUAAGCACGACGAAUUGGGAAAAGGUUCAUCCUCAAGGAGAUUAUAUUGAACCUAGAAGACUACACAAAGCAUGUUUAGUAGGUCCUAAGUGGAUGCUUGUUUAUGGAGGGAUUAAUUCCAAUGAAGAGGUUUUAUCAGACACGGCUAUUUUCAAUAUAGAGAAGUAGGUGUGGAAAUUAUUUAAGGUCAAAUCUCCUCCAGUAAGUUGUCAUGCCAUUGUCAAUAUCUCAUCUCAAGGCAAAUUCCAAGAAUCUAUACCUACUGACAUCAUGCCAUUAGACAACAUCUAUUCCUUUGGAGGCAAAGAUGCUGAUGGGAAUUCAGUCGAUGUUAUGCGGAAACUAUCUUAUUGUUCCUCCAACAACACACCUCUUUCAUGGGAUGUUGUGGAGACUGUUGGCAAAGGACCUUACCCUAUGCAUAAUCACACGAUAGAGUAUCUGAGAAAGGUUUAAGGCAUAGCUGUCAUCGGAGGACUUAGAGAUUUCAUUGUGAAUGGCACUUUGGAAUCGGAUGAAUAUUUCAUCUUUUAUCCUACUUUGAAUCUCUGGUAAUAGGUGAUUGCUGAGGGACUCAAGAUUCCUCGGUGUGCUCAUUCAACUGUCUUACUUAGUUCUAAAAUUGCAGUCUUUGGAGGAAUUGGUAGUGAAAGAUACUUAGAACCUGAUGUCGGGUUCAUUGAAACCGAUUAACAAUAAGUGUUCACUCGCAUCACCAAAGAUAGGAUUAUGCACAAUGAUACUCCUACUCUUGAAGAACCAUCAAAAUUGGAAUUUUAAUUAAGGAAAAAAAGAUCCAUGUUUUAUGAAGAAUCUGAAGUCUCAGAUGGAUACAAACCAUUUAAAAUUACUCUCCGCAAAACUACUUAAGUAAGGAGAUCCUAUCUUCCAAAUCCAUAAAGAAAACAAGUAUUAAUACGGUAUGAUAUUAUGAUUGGAUUUGUUAAAAAAGUCAUUCAUGACAAUCUACACAUACUCUAAAAUUUUGACAAAUAUUUAGAAAGAAAAAUAAUCUGA